AUUUCUGAUAGUUUUGAAGGCAUCACGGCCCGGGGGCGUGGCUUGAGACGGCUGAAACAGGCAGAUUAGUAAAAGUGAGCUGGUGAUAUUAACGUUUUCUUGCUGUAGAACAGAGUUAAACCGUUGUCAUGACGACUCUGGAUGACAAGAUACUGGGAGAGAAGCCUCAGUACUACUACAGCAGCAGCGAGGACGAAGGCAGUGACGAUGAAGAGGGGCAGAGCAAGAUCAUUCGAGAUGGGAAUGCAGAGGAACCCGAGAUCGACUACAGCGUGGAUGGAAGUUCUGUCAAUACAGGACCCAAGGGUGUCAUUAAUGACUGGAGGAAAUACAAGCAGCUGGAGGUGGAACAGAAACAGGAGCAGAAAAGAGAGAUGGAAAGACUGAUAAAGAAGCUGUCCAUGACCUGCAGGUCAGACCUGGACCAGGAAAAGGACAAAGAAAAGCAGAAAGAGCUGCAGAACAAGAUCCAAGGAAAAAUGACCAUGCAGGAGUACAACAUGCUUCAGGAAGAUGAAGAUGACGAAGACUUCCUGCAGCAGUACCGGAUGAAGCGCAUUGAGGAGAUGAGGCGUCAGUUCUGCAGAGGGAAGCGCUUCCAGCAGGUAUACGAGCUGAACAGCGGAGAAGACUUCCUGGAAGCUUUGGACAAAGAGGACAAAAGCACGCUGAUUAUGAUCCACAUCUAUGAGCCCGACGCCCCGGGGUGUGAGGCCAUGAGUGGCAGCCUGAUGUGCCUGGCCCAGGAGCAUCCUCUGGUAAAGUUCUGCAGCGUGCGCAGCUCGGCCAUCAGCAUCAGCGACCUGUUCAGGGAGAGCGCUCUGCCCGCGCUGCUGGUCUACAAAGGCGGGGACCUGAUCGGUAACUUCGUUCGGCUCACAGACCAGCUCGGGGAGGACUUCUUUGCAGUAGACGUGGAGGCCCUGCUGCAGGAGUAUGGCCUGCUGCCCGAGAAGUCCUCAAUCGUUCCUAAAACUGUUCGUAAUGGGGCUAUUAUCCAGAGCGCCGUAAGUGACGAGGACUCAGACCUCGACAUAGAUUAGACUUCUCUUUGCUUGAGAAACAUGCAAUGCAAUCUGCUUGGACUCUACAUCUCACUUAUAUCUGUGGACCCCUGCAGUGAUUACAGACUCACAUGUAACCAUUAACCUUGCAGCACUGAAGCUCAACCAAAAGUUUUCUCACUUACUCCUGUUCCACCCAGUGUUGGUGCUAGCGUCUCUUAACCUUGUAAACGUGUUUGUUUAAUCUGCAGCAAGAAAUAGCAUCUCAUCAUUAAGUCACUUCUAAGAUUUGUCUCUAUUUCCUCUGAUGUAUUGCCAAUAUCUGCAAACAGCUGCAGUGGAAACACCUUUUGUUUUCAGGAGUAAACCGUUGUCUUAGUAGAACAAUUCUUAUUACAGAAUGAAAAAGAAUGAAUCUUUAUGAAAGCUUUGAUCUUCUAGCUUCACAUGGCAUGCAUAAAUAACAGCUGCUGACAAUCCUUUUUUAAAUUUCGGUGACAAAUAGCAGUGGCGUUCACCAACAGACGAGAGAAGCAUCUGCAAUACAUCACUUCACCGUUAAUCUCCCUUGGAUUAACAAAACCAGACAUGAAAUUCAUUUUUUUUGUUUGUUUGCAUAAAAAGUUGCUGUUAGUCUCCCUAAAGUGAACGGUUCUUGGGUUGGGGUGGGGGGUGGGGGUGUUCUGUUUGAAAGUUACUGACCGGCUUCAAAGCAAGCUGUCUGAUGGACGAGGAAAUAAACUGUUCUAGUCUUGUCAUGUCAUUCCACGUUGACAUAGAUUAUAUUUAUUAAAUAUCAGCAAUUUUGUGAGGAUCUUAUUAUGCAAAUAAAGAUGCUGUAGUUCCUAUGUUUGUGAUAUCUAUUUGUUGUGUUAAAAAGAAAGACAUUCCCUUUCUUUGUUUGAUUGAUCCUGUCGAGGUCUCUUCCUCCCUUAGGCUUUUGUUUGUUUUCUUCUGUGUUCUUCUCAAAUAAACAGUAAAUAAACUGCAACACAUUUUGA